GUCGCGAUCGCGCACGCGUCUCCACAAACGACAAACGAGGAGUAUUCAAAGUUCAAAUUGUCAAAACGGUGCCAAAUCUAGAUACUCGGGAAACCUAAAAAAUGUAACGCUUAUUCUUGAUUUCUUUUCGAAUUUUGUUUAAAAACUUGUCUCAGAAGUAAAGCAAUAAACGAAAAAGAACUUAGAAGUGAAUAACAUUGUUCUUUGUACUGUUGGCGAGGUGCGUUUUUGUGAACAAAAAAGUGAAGAGAGGACAAGUUGAAUUUAAAGUUAAAAUAGAUCUUUUUUCCAAUGGAACUUUGGCAAGUGAAGUGAUAUAGUCAAGAGAGUGCCGAAUCUUUUAAGUUAUAAUCUCCUGACAAGAAUAUUUUUCUGAAUAUCAAAAUAAUCUGAAAAAUGCUUGGAGGAUACGAAGCGCAGGCGGAUUACUAUCCGCAAUGGCAUCAACCCUAUAAUUUCGUCACACAGCUUCCUUACGGCCACACGGGGGUAGCAGACGCAGACACUCAAUCUUACUGGGGAGCAGAUUCUGGUAUCUCGGGCGGUAGUUCCGGGGCCGGAAGUCCAGCCGCCUCGACUCCACCGUUGAUCGAGGAACUUGGUGUUCAGGACCCAAGCUACUCUCCCCUCGAACAGUACCCAUACCCACCUUCUCUGUCCCAACAGCAUUACUCGAGUAUAUCUUACCCACAACAAGAGUCCUGUCAAAAUCAACAGCAGCGACGGCAAAACGAAUUUUCCAUUUCGUGCUCGGUUCUCCAGCCCGAGACCGGAAGUCACUCAAUUCAGCACCACUUGUCAGGCCUCCGGGAAGGUGGAUUGGUUGUGAGGCCCAAAAGAAGAAACACGGCGAAUAAAAAGGAGAGAAGAAGAACUCAAAGCAUUAAUAAUGCUUUCGCUGAUCUCAGGGAUUGCAUCCCUAAUGUUCCAGCAGACACAAAAUUGUCCAAAAUCAAGACUUUGAGACUGGCUGCUUCCUAUAUUGGAUACUUGAUGGCUGUAUUGGAUAGUGAUGAAGGCGAGGAACCACAAAUUUUCAGGGCCGAGAUUCUCUCCAAUGGAAAGCGGAAUAAAUCUCAACAGAGCUUGAACCAGAGUUCUAUCCAUGGCAAUUCGAUUUCUCGGCCCGAGGAGAUUACGAAAAGUAAGGGUCGGACUGGAUGGCCCCAACACAUGUGGGCCCUUGAGCUCAAGCAUGAAGCCCCAACGAAUCAAUUACAGUGAAACAUUCAGUCACUCAAAAGUCAAAAUAAGAUUGAAUGGACAUAAUUUACCAGAAAAAGCGUUUGACAAUUUUCCAGAAAAGUGUGCAAAAUCGGAAGUAAGCUGAAAGCCCUUUCCUUCAGUCUUUCUUAUUCUGAUUAAUUUUCCUGUAAUUUAUAAGAUCUGUAUAAAACUGGCGUUUGUACAUAGUUGAGGUAGGGUAUAUAAAAUAGAAGAGUGUUACGUAUAUCAUGUAAAUAUUUGUAAAACAGGAGUCUUUCUUGUCUGCAUUACAUUUGUUUUAAAGAAGCACAUUUUAUAUCACAGUUUAAACAUACAAUUAAUUUUGCGAUAUUAGUUCUCGGUUAAUAAUAAUAAAAAUAAAAGUUAUUUUUCUGAUAUGGGACCAUUCACAAAAUACGUGAUACAUUUUUCAGGAAGUUUAAGCACCCCUCCCCCCAACUCUGCGUGAUACUUUUUCCAUUGAACUUAACAUGGAGAAUGGUACUUUGAAAGAUCCCCCCCCCCCACAACGUAUCACGUAUUUUGUUAAUGACCCCUAUUUAAGUUUUUACUCCAAGGAACCAAAGAGUAUUAAUAUACAUGUGCGAGAUCUUCAAUUUCUGUUAAAAUGUAUAAAUAUAUGCGUUUCGUAUUAUUAUUUAUGGAUAUUAUUAAAAUAUUAGUGCAAGGUUUAGUAAAUAUAGGAAAGCAGUUACAUAUAAUGUAAUGCUUAUAUUUAACUAGAUAGUGUUCUUGAAAAAUGUUUUAGAAAUUACUAUGAUACCACAAUGUGUCUAUAAAAUUAGUUUGU